AUGGCUGACCGGGGCAGGCGCGCGCUGCCCUCGGCGAACCGCCUCGUGACGGAGCGCAUGGCCCAGCACUCCAUGCAGCUGCAUCACGACCGGCUGCGCAACAUGAAACAGACUCCCGUCCGCUGCAAGACGGUGGACAACAAGGAGCCGGACUGUAUGAAGUUGACCCACCUGAAGACCCGCGCGGCUCAGAAACAGAAGCAGGCCGACCGGCAGGUCGCCAUCGAUCACGAGAACCAGGUUCUCCUGAAGAAACUCGAAUCCAUCUACACCCGCGACAUCGCCAAGUCCUCCAAGCCCGCCUACUACAGGACGUCGCUGCACACCGUCGCCGCCACGCGCGGCGUCGCCACGGACAAGUCGGCCUACCCCUACGUCGACUGUAUCCUCAAGCCUCCGCCGAGCCCGAUCCGGCACGGCCACCAGUGGCGCCGCAAGCAGGAGGCGCAGCGCAUCGUCGAGGAGAACGAGGGCAUCCUGCGCCGCAUCCAGGACGCCCGCCCGCUGUACUCCUCCAAGAAGCUCGACGAGUUCGCGCAGGACUCCAAGCGCCUCGCCGAGCUGGCGUCGCGGCCAGAGAUCAAGCACCUGUCCGCGUCGCUGCGGUCCAGCGGGGCGCCGACGCUGCGCCGCCCGGAGUCGCGCUUGAACGCCAGCAUGACGCAGCCGCUGGGGCCGUCGCUCGCGGCCACGGGCGGCAAGCCCGGGUCCGGGAACCCCAACGCGGACGGCCGCCCGGACACGUACGUGGGGAGCGGCGCGCACGUCGUCGAGUGA